CUCGAAGCUAAAAGCUUUAUUGGAUUUCUUGGUCUGACGUUUUCUAGUUUGGGAAGUAUUCCAGGCGGUAAAAUGAAAUGACCUUUCACAUAUCCAACCCCCUCACCCAGUUGUGAUCUGCUCCCAAGAACACAAUGAUUAAAAGAUUCUCCAGCACCAUAACACUGUAUGGAAACAGCACUAAAACCCUGAAUGGUGCACCCAGGCCACUUCUUCUGUUCCUCCCCUGGUAUGGAGCUAAGUGCCAUGCCAUGGAUCACUACCGGCAGAUUUAUUACCCAUAUGGCUUCGACAUUCUGAGCGUGGAAAGCAGCAUCUUGCACUUUCUGUGGCCACAGUAUGGCUUGUCCUAUGCAUCUGAGGUGUUGGACCUGCUUCAGAGCGAGCCUUUCUCCUCACGCCCCCUUCUCAUUCACGCGUCCUCCAUCGGAGGAUUCCUCUUUGCCGAAAUGCUGGUAGUCACACAGAGAGAUGUGCCACGUUACUCAGGCUUCGGUUCGAGGAUUAUGGGCCAGAUUUUUGACAGCUUGGUUGCGGGAGAUAUGGAACUCCUUGCGAAUGAUAUCCCACAGGUGCUGGUUCCUCCCAUCCUCCAGCUAUUCCUCAAAAGGAUCACACUUUUCUAUUUCUGGGUUUUGAGUGGUUACACAGUCAAGCAUUACCAAGCUGGCGUGAAAGCCUUCUGGGAAAAACAGUACCAUACCCCCAUUCUGUUAUUCUACAGUGAGAACGAUCCAUUGAGCAACUACAAGAAAUUAGAGGCCAUGCUGUAUCACUGGCAGAAGAAAGGCAUUCCUGCAAUUGGGAAAAGCUGGAAGAUGUCCUGCCAUGCUGGGCAUCUGCGGCAGCAUCCUCAGGAAUACCGAAGCACUUUGCAGAAUUUCCUGCAGUCCAUUGGCUUAAUCCAUUUGCCAUCCAAAUUAUGAACGAUGGUAAAAAGGACCAGGGAACUGAGGAGCUGCAUGUCUGAACAGCAUUAAUUCGUUCUGAUUUGAUUCCUUUCACA